ACGGCACAUCAAAUUUCAAAUCAAAAAUAAAACGGAUGAAGCCGAUUUCAAAUUAAAGUUGCGUUUGUUUGCUGUUUAUGUUAUGAAGUGUUAUAAUUUAUUAAUGAAAACGUGAAUAACUAUAAAUAAAAAUGUCUACACGUUCUGGAAAACGUAUUCAUAGUUCGUUAAUUGAGGAAGAGAUUAAAAUAACCGAGGUUUUGAAGCCUAAACGGAAGACUCGUAAUAAACAAAAAGCAAAUUGUGACAACGUUGAAAUUGUUAUCAAGAAGAAACAUUUUGUACGGUAUCCUUCGGAAGACGAUGUCGAUAGCGUCGAUAGUGUUCCAUCGGAAGACACUAAAGUAACGCAUAAACCGCAACGGACAACUUUACAAGAAAUUAAUGGCUUGGCUUCAGAUUCUGAUAUUGAAAAGAAAACAAUAAGACAAACACGUCGCACCAAGAAAGUCGAAGAAGAAAUUGUUUCCAAUGAGAUUACUUCACAGGAAGUAAGCAAGAAAUCUAAAAAAAAGAAAAAAGUUUCAUCUACUGAUGAAGGAAGUAAGAAUGAUAAUGGUAAAACUAAAAAUAAAGUGUCGAAAAAGAAGAAAAAGAAGAGGUCUUCUAUGAUUGAGGAAGUGAAUGAUAAUGUUGAGCCGUUAAACAAAAGCAAUAUGUCAGUGGAUUCGUUUCACAGUGCUGCUGGCAGUACGCUGGAAGAUCUAAAUAAUUUGAGGGAAGAGAAAGGAGAAACAUCACUCAAACAACUGGAACCUUUUAAUGAAUGUCAUGUGGAUAAAGAAAUUUCACCUUUAAAACAGUGUGAAGAAUAUAAAGAAGUUGAUGAAAUAAUUAUCAACAACACUGAAGAGAAAAGUGUAAAUCAUGUAGAGAAAAAAAUUAAGAAGAAAAAAUCUAAAAAGAGAUCAUUUAAUAUGGAAAAUAAAGAUGCUGUUGAAAUCACACCGAGUGAAGAACCAAUACAAGCAGAAGAAAUUGUAGAAAUCAAUCAAGAGAAAAAAACAAAGAAGAAACCAAAGAUAAACAAAGACAUUGUUGAAACUGAAAAUAUUGAAACAAUUCUAAACAGUACAUUUGAGAAAGAAACAUCAACUAGUAAGUCAAGCACACAGAAUUCUACAUUUGAUAAGAUUACCGAAAUACCAAUUAUUGUUAUAACAUCGUCAAGUGUCGAGAAAGUAAAUAAUAAAAAUAAAAGGAAGUCAUCACUUGUAUUACUUAAUAAUUCUUAUGAAAUGAAUAGCUCCAAGAAACAAAAACCCAACGGUUCAAUCAAAAGUUUAAACAGUACUUAUGACAAAACUCCUGAAACUCAAAAGAAAAGUAAUCAACAAGAAAAUGCACUUAACACAACUUUCGAAAAGGAGUGUAGUAAAUUGGAUACAACAUUUGAAAAAGAGAAACAGAAUCCAUUGAAUUCAACAUUUGAGAAGUCAAAUGAAAAAGUGGUUUUAGACACAACAUUUGAAAAAGAAAGUGCAAAUUCAAAGUCAUCUUUAUUAAGUUCGGACAGAUCGAAUAUGACCGAUGAUAAGUCAAACUCCCGCAUAAGUAUAAGUGACGAUUCAAGAGACAAUAUUGUGAAUACCACUCCAUUGCUUAUUGAGAGUAGUAUGGAAGAGUCUUAUGUAAAGCAUGCAUCACCUGAACAAGAAACAGUUAAAAGUCAGUCAAAAGUGUCUCCACAUACGCCUUUAAAACGUGAAGGAACAUUUACGAAAGAAACCAAUUCCCCGAUAGCAAAGAGUACAGAAAAUACGCCAUCUAAGCGAGCAUCAGUCGCUUCUCCAGGGCGUACUCCAUUCCCGUUUUCUAAAAGUUCCUCCAAAGAUAAGAGUAUGUUUAACGUAACAAGGUCUAUAGAAAAGCCUAGAAGAUCAUCCCUGAUUGAUUUGCCGAGAACUACAAAGGUGAUGUUUUGUAGCCCGGUGAACAAUCCGGUCAUCAUCAACCAGAUGAAGGGAAAGGUUAUUAAGUCCAACUUGAAAGGAUCUAAUAAGAGCUUUAUUUUCAACGAAAGUGUAUCUGACGUGACACCAUCAGCUCGCAAGCGCUCGUACACACAGAGCGACGCAGAUGACGUCAGCGUGAAGCGCAAGAGACUCGCUGAUGAUUUACAGCAGUCCGUGGAUAGACUGUCUCGACCUAGGACUACUAGUGCUUCAGCGAAACUACAAGACGCCACUCCCUCCAAGAACACACCGCAGAAAUCAAAAGAGAAGCCGUCCCGUACUAAGCUGCCCAACUUUGCAGCGUUGCAUCAAAAGCAGUUCAGCAAGAUGGAGUCGCUGGACGAGUGUCAGGAGCGGAAGGCAAAGAGAGCUAAGAGGAUGUUAGCUGUUAGUAAUAGUGGCGGGAGACUGGCCAGUCCGAUACGUAAAGAUUCAAAACCAAAGAAAACGCAGUCUCCAGUAAAACCACAGUUAACCUUGGAAUCUCUCAACCCCGGAUACACGCGUUUCGGCUUCAAGAUGCACUCCGACGUGAACCCAUUCGUUAAUUCGACAAUAAAUGGCAUUAAAACCGACAUCUCAACGAAAACUAACGUUAACUCAACCAAAAUAAACCUCAACUCAACUAAAACAAACAUUAACUCAAAUAGAAUAAAUUUCAACUCAACGAAAACAGACCUCAACUCAACUAAAAUUGACCUAAACUCAACUAAACCUGACAUAUUCAGGAUUUCGACAAAAUCUGACGUCAAUCCAUUCUUGAAUAUGACGAACACGACUCUAAAACCAAAGGCAGUAAAGCAAAAUGAGCUGAAAAGACAAACAGCAUUGCCAUCCCUUGCUGGCUCCACUGUGAGGAAAGAGAUGGCAAAACAAACGAUCAUGAGGGAGAAGUCUUUUACAGAAAAGAGGAAUGAUAAUAGGAAAGAGAAUAGAACUAUAAUCAAAGGCGUCAGAACAAAUAGACGGUUCGAGUUGCAAAUGAAAUUGAGAAAUAUUAAUUGACGUUGUAAUCAGUAGAUUAAUGAGGCAUGUAAAUAAAAAUGCUACCUACAGUUAAUGUAUGACAAAACAAAUCCCACCUAACACUUAGAAUACCGUGUAUUUAAGAGGAGGCUCCCUAAAUUUUAUGUGAAUUUGCAUUUUUAUUCUGAAACAGUCACACAUACAAUCAAAAUGGAACUUUAGUAUAUGAUAUAUUGGGUCUUUUUCUUUCCAUGUA